CGGCCCGAGCCUCUGCCGCUUCCCGCACCCCCUCCGGCGGCCUCCCGAUGUGCGUGUGCAGCUGGGGCACGGCUCGGCCGCUGCCAUGGGAGCGACGCCCUGAGAGGUGCUGAGGGGCGGCCAGAGCCAUGACGGAGCCCCACAGGGUUCCCUUCACCACGCUGCACGGCCCGCUGAGCGGCAGCUUCCUGAAGAAGCCUCGGAAGGACGACUCGGAGCAGCUCCAGGAUGCGGAGCAGUCGUCGUCCGGAUCCGUGCGGAUCACGCUGACGCUCUUUGAGCCGGAUCACAAGCGGUGUCCGGAAUUUUACUACCCGGAUCUCGUGAAGAGUUUUCAAGCGAAAAACAAGGGUGGUUCUGCAGGAGACAAGAGGAAGGACCCUGAUCCCUUCAACGAUGACGAAAAGGAGAGGCAUGAAGCGGAGGCUCUUGCUAGGAAGUUUGAAGAAAAAUAUGGUGGCAAGAGACGUAGAAAGGACCGUAUUCAGGACUUGAUUGAUAUGGGGUAUGGAUACGACGAAUCCGACUCCUUCAUUGAUAAUUCUGAAGCAUACGAUGAGCUUGUUCCAGCUUCUCUUACUACAAAAUACGGAGGGUUUUACAUCAACUCAGGAACGCUGCAGUUUCGGCAAGCAUCUGAUUCCGAAGACGACUAUGUUAAAGAGAAAAAGAAGAAAUCUCCCAAGAAGCGGAAGCUGAAGGAUGGAGGUGAAAAAAUGAAGAAGAAGAAGAAAGACGAUUCUUAUGACAAGGAAAAGAAAUCAAAAAAGUCCAAGUUCCCAAAAGCUGGCUUUACAGCAUUAAAUGCAAGUAAGGAGAAGAAGAAGAAGAAAUACUCCGGAGCUCUCAGCGUCAAGGAGAUGCUGAAGAAGUUUCAGAAAGAAAAGGAAGCUCAGAAGAAAAAAGACGAAGAGCAGAAAGUGGUGACUCCACCUGCAGAGCCUCCAGCCCCAAGAGAGGCAGAGGCAAUGCCUGACCCCUUGCUGUCGCUCUUUGGCCAUGCCAGUGAUAGCGACCUGCUGCAGGCAGCCACGGCUAUGGACUCGUUAACUGACCUCGACCUGGAGCGGCUCUUCAGCGAGUCCCCCGAAGGAAGUCCCUCUCACGACGUGGAGGAUGGCAGCGAUCCUGCUGGGACAGGCUUAGAGCAGGAUUUCAAGCAACCACCGUCCCUCCCAGAAGGACUGCCAGCUCCUCUGGAGAAACGCAUCAAAGAACUGGCUCAGGCUGCCAGAGCUGCAGAAGGAGAAGGCAAACAGCGAUUCUUCACUCAGGAUAUCAACAACAUCAUUCUGGACAUAGAACUGCAGACCCGGGAGCUGAACAGCCAGAUCCGGUCAGGGGUGUACGCCCACCUGGCUGCAUUCUUACCUUGCAGUAAGGACACUCUCGUCAAGCGUGCCCGUAAGCUUUAUCUCUAUGAGCAGGGUGGCCGACUGAAGGAGCCUCUGCAGAAGCUGAAAGAAGCCAUUGGUCGAGUCAUGCCAGAGCAGAUGACUAAGUACCAAGAGGAAUGCCAAGCCCAUACUCAGGCCAAAUUUGCCAAAAUACUGGAAGAGGAAAAGGACAAAGAGCGAGAUGGAGUUUGCUCUGAUGAUGACGAGGAUGAAGAAAAGGGAGGAAAACGCGUUAUGGGACCACGAAAGAAAUUUCAAUGGAAUAAUGAAAUCAGGGAGCUGCUUUGCCACUUGGUGAAGAUUAAGUUGGAUGGUUAUGAGCUUGACAAGAAUAAGGCUCAGUCUCUGGAGGAUUAUGUGAAGACCUUCCUAGAUGGAGAGGUGAAGCCCCUUUGGCCAAAAGGCUGGAUGCAGGCCAGGACACUGUUUAAGGAGAGCAGGCGUGUACACGGACACCUCACAUCAGUCCUGGCGAAGAAGAAAGUUAUCGCACCUACCAAGGUGAAGGUGAAGGAACCCUCCUGUAAACCAGAUAAAAAGAUCUCUGUUUCUGUUCCUUCAAUGCACUCAAGCAACACCUUAUCUUUGUCAUCAGAGCCCCAGGCAGGAGGUCUGGGCAUCAGCGCCCAGACCAGAGAACAACUCCUGUCCCUUGGGACAGCCCAAACAGCCAGCAGCGCUGGUACUCCUGCUGCCUUCAUGGAUGACUCCUUGGAUGAAGACUUAAUUCAUAAUCCUACUUCCUCCCUUGAAGCAGUCUCUAAAGAACUGGCUGUGCUCAACAGCAGGGCGGGAGGGAGCCCUGACUUUACCCUUUCUGGAGCUCCAAAAGCUCCUCCGGAGAAGAUCCCAACUUUUGCAUCGUCAGAGGAGAAGAGGACAUUUCCAAAGGCCAGCCCUGCCCCUACAUCAUCCCCUGCUGGCUCUCUCCAGUCUCCUCUAAACUUCCUGGCCGAACAGGCCCUGGCAUUGGGCCAAACUUCUCAAGACAAAAAGACAGAAAACUCUAAUUACAAAGACCUCUCUUGCCAAGCCUCACCCAGCAAAAUCCUUUCAGAUAUACACCAGGCUAAACAGAAACAUCACAGCCUGGUCCGACCAAGCCAUGGGCCUCAGACCUCCACCCCAGUGCCGGGCGCUCAGGUGAAGGUCUUUCACUCAAGCAACCAGCCACAGAAGACUUUCACCUCCCCGGCUCCAUUUGUCAAAUUGCAGAAUCCCAAGUCCUCCUCCCCAUUGCCCCAGCGCUCUCUCCUCCAGCAGGUCAAAUCAUCAACCAAAGCUCAGAGCUUCCAUUCCUCUGCCUCCCCAGGCAGCACCCAAAACUCCAGCAGUUCCCACAAAAGCCCAGGCUCAUCCUCAUCGUCUAUCAGUUAUACAGGAAAGCACUCAAGUGGCUCUAGUUCUUCAGGACAAUCUUACAAAUCACCCUUUGUUUCUGGUUCCCUCUCAAAGCACGGGGCUUCUUCCAGCAGCUCCUCCUCGGGAGCAUCUGCAAACCAGGGCUGCUCCUCAGGGAGCUUGCUGCCCGCUGUGCAGGCCCCUUCCUCAAGCCAGGCGUCCAGCCGCCCGUCCCCGAGCUCCUCCGUGAAGAAGACAUCUGUUUCGCAGAAGCUGACUCUGGUGGCACCUCCUGGAGGUUCAAAUGGAGAUUCUAGUGGGGGCACUCAAGGGGUGGCCAAAUUGCUGACCUCCUCCCUAAAGCCAGCUGUUGUCAGCAGCACCGCGUCUUCUACCUCUGUGCCGAAAGGAACUAGUGGAGCUGUGCUGCUAACGAGUUCUUCCUCCUUAAGUGUACUGUCUCCAUCCUACAAGUCCAACAAUCCAAAGCUGCCAGCUGCGCUGAGCUCCACCCCUUUAGGUAUUAUCUCUCCUAUUCAUACCUUCCCUCUUCAUGUCAUCUCCUUCACUUCAGACUCCUCCCCGAAAGCAGGAGUAUCAAAGGAUGCAAUAGUUACAGGACCUGCUCCAGGAACUUUCCACCAUGGCCUUGGCCACAGUCUUCUAGCUGGCUUGCACUCCAGCCCCCACCAUGCAGCGCCACUCCCACAUUCUGCCCUGUCCACUCAUUUACCGCAAAGUCUGCCAGGAAUACCUUGUGCUGGGACUGAGAUCUUGCAUGGAAUGAACUGUCCUUGUCCUGGAGAAGAAGCUGUUGCUGCUCUGCUUGGUGCUGCUGCUGCUUGACUGCACGUCUCAGUACACCCGUUUGUUCACCAUAGUCUGACGAUGCUUCUCAGCUUCACGGCAAAGGGUCCAACGCACAGCAACGGAAGUUGUGACGUCUGCAAGGAGGGGAGCUAGAGCACACAUAGGAUCAAACCCAGAGGACCAGGUCAUGGAUACCGGCUGCGUCUUUUUCUCGUGACAACUGGAGAGACUAAACUGCAAUGAGGAGCUCGUUGGUGCGUUUGCUCAGAGGCUUUCAGAGUUUGCUGAGAGGCUUUCAGAGCGAAUCCCCACACCACGGGCUACCUUGAGCCAUGUCCUAAUGAGAGAAGCACUUGUAGCACUGUUUUAUUGCUGCUGCCCUUCACGCAUUCCCUGGCACUGGCACGAGCUAGAACACGCAGGGGAACCCGGGUGGCUUGGCUUUCUCGCAGAAAGUCCGGUGCUGGUGGAUUCCACCCACCUGUGUCUACGUCUGCCAAGUACCUCCAAGUCCAGUUACCUCCUUGGUCUCCCAGUGGAGGGUAUGAAAGGUGCUUCUUUCUUCUGCUUUGGAUUUACUUGGAUAAUUCUAGCACUGCCAGUGCUUUCUGAAAACAUUUGACUGACUUUUCAAUUGUACUAUAAAGCUGUGCUACAGUUAAUUGGAAGACUUAACGUUUCCUGUGUGGUGAAUCUGAUGAACCACCUGAUGUUCCCCUCUGGAGGAGAAUGAGGACUCUCUAAAGAGACGUUUCUAGAUGCACUCAUGGACAUUGACAUUUCUACAUAUUUUGGUUUUUGGAUUUUUUCCUCCAAAGGGAUGCAUUUUUCCUGCUCAAUUUUAUCCUCAUGGCCAUCGAAUGCAUUGGAUUGAAUGGAACACUUCUCAGCAUGUCACAUGUAUAGGAAGACAUAAUUCCAGUGCCUUUUAUGGUGGAGCAAGAAUGGACUAGUGACACACAUUUCAGCCCUAUUUUGUGUGCUCCUCAACCCUUUUUUAAUCAUUCUGUAUUUAAGAUGUAUUCUGUUUUAUUUAAUAGAGCUUUUUAUGGUUGCACAUCAAAAAAAGCUGCACUGUCUGGACUUCAAUGGUGUCUUGGUGACUGCAAACACAGUACCAAAUCCAGCAAGAGCACCAGUUCUUAUCCGAGUUUGUGCAAGCGGGUUCCAGACCCUCCCCUAAAGCCAUUCUUUCCUAGGGUCGUCAGUUAUGAUCUCUUUGGUGGGCAGAGGGAAUGAUCUAGAUUAACCAAGGUCACUACUAUUCAAAUGAAUCCCAGAGAAUAUCACUCUCCUUGAUGAUUUCUGCACUAGAAUCAUGUGUUUGUCACCGAUGCAGGAAUGGGGACCAUCUGGAGUUGGGGUGUGUCAUUUUUAUUACUAUUUUUUAGAUCUUUUUAACUCUUAGAUCUAAAUAUUUCUCCCCUGAGCACACCCUUUCAAACUGUGCGUCACUAAAGGCAGGCUGUGGUUCCAAGUGAGCUCUAUGGGUUUUGGUUUUCUGCUCUCCCCAGUCUCUUUUCUCAGGCCCCCAUAGCCACAUCUGAAACAUGCAGUGGUGGCACUGAUCUGCAUAAACUUUACUGGUAUUUCAAGCAAAAGCUUGCAGCCUUCCUCCUUGAGCUUUGGGGAAGGACGCUGACACCGAGUAUACCAGCAAAUAUCUGCUUUUAUUUUCCCCAUUUCUGGUAAGAUCCAUGAUGGACUGUUCUCAAUUUGAGCUGAUGAGUAACUUCCCAAGAUCAGUGCGUUGCUUGUAGUAAAAAAAAAAUAUAUAAAAAAAAUGCAGCUCAGAAUCAAAAUUUGUUUACAGAAAAUACCUAGGUUGUAGCAAAAGAGCCAAAGACAGAACUUGUGUUAAUAAAACUAAGCACAGCAGUUACUGAUGGUCUCUGAUCAGCGGAUGUCGCACGGUUUCCGUUGAAGGCCUAAUCCUGAGAGGUGCUUUGCACCUUCAGCUUCCCAUGGUAUCCAGAAGAGCACGCAAACGCCUGGCAGGAUAGGGACUCAGCGAGUGACCCCAGGUACUGGUUCUACUCCCUCUAUUUGCUUUCACUUGAAUGCUUCUGCUGGGAGGCACCCGUGUGCGUGGCCAGAGCAGAAUGCCCUCGUUCUAGGAAUUUAGUGAAGCCUCUUGCCUCAGGGAAAUGUUUACUUGGUGGAAAUUCUGUGGGAUAUUUUUUCUUUACAUGCUAUAAUGAAUGAGUGAAUGGUAUUGAGCAGAGUCGCGGCAAGGCAGAACCACGCGGAGACCUGACAGCUGAUGGGGAGCCAGGAGUCCAGCACCUCUGCCUUGACGGGGCAACUUGCAGCACUUGGUGACAGUGUGGGGCGGCGAGGCUCCCAUGGCACUUACGUAGUAUGGCAGUUCCUUUUGGGUGUAAGAGCUGCGGUUUACUAUUAUAUUUUUUUUGUGUGUGUUGGGACUGUCUUGCUGAAGAUGGUGGGGGUGGUAUGAAAACUGUUAAUCUUGUACAGAACAACUGAAUAAAUUGUUUCAAAGUUUCCAAAA